UUUACUUCUAACUUUUAACAAACUGGUGUAUAAAUUAUUGUUUAUUACUAUCUAUAACACACUGACAACCUUCAACCUCAACUAUACAUAAAGGCAAAUAGUCUUAAAUAACUUGCAUAUUAGAUAUUUACAACAUGUCCGGAGUAAACUCGAUUAUUACGCAUCUUUCACAAAUUCAAGAAUGGCUCAAAGUCCACGUAUCAAUUGGACUUUUGACUUUUCUGUACAUCUUGGGUCUGGUGGUGUUCAGCAUUUCAUGCACAAUAGCAGUUUAUGCUAUUUUUUUUCUUGUGAGUCGUCUGCUGUGCAUGAGGGACAACGAAAUAGCCAAGCAUGAUCAGCUGAUCAUAAAUAGAAACGUCGCUCCGAAGCCAAGCCAAAGUAGAAGCAGAUUCUCAGGGUUUCCACUGCAACGUCCAGACAUAUCACUUAGGCAGUCAUUGGAAAUGUUUGAAGUCAAAGGGAAAUAAUCAACUAUGUAUG